GAUCGACAUUCUGUUGAAAUACCCGAAGUGAUAACAACAAGAACACAGCAACGAAGGUGCAGAGGCUGGCCAGUCGAGAGAUAUUCAUUUUACAAAGACACAAUGGCCGACCACCCCUUAGCGCCACCGCCAUCUUAUGAGGAGGUUGUUGGUUCAGCAUCAUAUUACCCACCGCCAAACAUAAUCAAUGGACAUGGAGACAUUCCCCCUCCAUAUUCCUAUGUUAACAAUACCUACAUAACCCCAACAUGCCCACCUGGACCAGCACCAACUUCAGCUCAAGGCUCUUCUCAAAAUUCUCAAAUCUUCGUUAUUAGACCUCCUACACAACCUAGGGCAAACACAAUUGAUCUCAUCCCUCCAAAACCAAGUACUCCAAUGCCUCCAGCAAAUCCCAACCCAGCCUCUAACCGCACCCCUGCUCCAAAUCCAACUCCCGCCGCGCCACGUACCACGCCACAGAACCCGCCACAGAACUCAAAUGCUCGGAGACAAACUUUUGAAAACAAAGAAAGAAUUUAUGGUUUCUUCAGAAAAGUGAGUCCAUUUCUUCGUAUUUAA